AUGUGUGCCACGCAAAUCCGCCGCCAGGGAACACAAACAAUGGACAUUCCACUGCCGGGCGGCGGCGGCGAGGUUUCGGAGGACUACUCCCCGGCGGCCACCGUGGUGCCCUUCGACCCGCCCCUCCCUCUGCUUCGCGCGCCGGUCCCUUCCUCUUCCUCCUCCGCCUCCACCGAGCCCCCCGUCCUCGCCUUCCGCGACGCCGCGAGCUGGCGCGCCGCCUGGGAGGCCGCCGAGGCCAGCCUCUUCUCCCAGUGCGAGGCUGGUGCACGCUCCGGCUGUUCAAUCGCUGCAACACGAAAAUGCAAGCCCCCCUGGUGGAAAGGUUUGUUUGGAGGUGCAACAACCAACUAUCAAGAAAGAGAAGAAUGCGAAGAACGAGAAAUGGCUUCUUGUCUUGAAUCAGCAAAGGAGGCUUGCAUUAAGUUUUCAAAGCAAAAAUGUAAUGCACCAUUCCAGGAUGCAAGGAUUGCCUCUGAAGGCCUCCUUGAAAAUACAGAUUUUGUUGUCUGGGAUGCUGGGCGUAACAAGACAGCAUCAGCAUCCUUGUCUGUUGCAGACAGCCGCUACUCAUCCAAUCCUGGGCUUGGUGGCACAAACUACAAAGGAAGUGACUUGCUAGACAGCUUAGCAUCUGAAGGCAAUAGCAACUCAGGGCGAUGA